CUGUGGGAAAAUGCGAUAAUCAUCGGUCCUGAACUAUUUUCCGCAAUAAACAUGCAAAUACAAGUUCUUAAAUGUAGAGUCGACCGUUUCCUACGCUGGCUUCAAUAAAGAGACCAACUACGCUGCAUAGUAUGAGUAUGCGUUGCACAUUCACAGGUACUGCGCGGCGGUGGAUUUUCGCAAGGCUUCGCGGCGCCCCACCUGUGCGUAGGCGCCGCUGCCUCACUCCGCAACACUUAUUGUUAGUUGUACAGUGCACCCCGCGCCGACGCUGUGUCGCGCCUCCACGCUACCACACAAACUAUGUGCACCCGAAUCAAUCGAUCUGUGAUAUAGUGAUAAGUUAUAAUUAAAUAAGUGUUCAAAGUGACUGUAGUGCUUAACAGGUCAGCGCAAUUGGACUUGGAUCAGCCGCUUUCUUUAGUCAUAAAGAUGAGUCAUAAAAUCUCUCUAUACUACUUAAUUGUAGCGCUCACAGCACCACUUUUAGUACAAUGUAUAUCAGUGCUAGGACCACGUGCCCUGCGUCCUUAUGGCUCAUACACAGUGGCGAUCGCAGGCGGAUCGAGAGCCUACACCCUGUACGUCGCCGUGGAGGGUCGCCGGGCUAACGGAGAACAAUUCACUAAAGGAAGAGAGGUACAGGUCCCGGCGGCUACAUCAAGACUAAUAGAACUUGAAAUCGGUGACCCUGGGCCGGGACAGUACGCGCUGGUGGCGCGGUCAACCUCCGGCCCGCUAUUCUCGUCGUCGUCACCGUUGCUCUACCAACCGCGCAGUUUCUGCAUCUUCGUGCAGACCGACAAACGUGUCUACCAACCCGGAGAUACCAUCAACUUUAGGGUCAUCGCCUUAGACAAGUACCUGCUGCCGCUGUCGACGACGGUGGAUGUCAGCGUGCUGGACACCGGCGGCUCGCCUAUUAGACAAUGGGUCGGUGCAGAGCUCGACCGAGGAGUCCUCACUGAGGAGUUGCUACUAGCUGACGAGCCAGCUCUCGGGGAAUGGACGAUACAGGUGGAAGCUCGUGGGCAGAAGUACUCCCAUCGUAUCCUGGUCGCAGACUACGUUCAGCCACACUUCCAUAUGGAAAUGCAGAUGCCUAAAGAAGUGCUCUUCACAGAUGGCAGAUUUGAUAUCAAUGUUACUGCAAAGCACUUCAAUGGUAUACCAGUAAGCGGUGAACUGACGAUAUCAGCAUACCCUGUAUUUUUCUCCGGAGUCCUACAACCAGUUGUCGCUUCCCCUACCCGAAAAGUGAUCAACAUUAACGGUCAAACACAAGUGACAUUCGACCUCAAGACUGACCUUGACCUCGUUGAGGAUGCAGCGAGGCCGCUCGUCGUCGAAGCUGUGAUCGAAGAGAAAAAUACUCUUAUCAAACAAAAUGUGACGUCUAGGAUACUGUUAUUAAGAGCCCCGUACAGAUUGAAAGUAUCAGCACCAGAACACUUCAAGCCUACUCUGCCGUAUAUUGUACAGAUCGAACUAGUAGAUCCGUCCGGGCUGGUGAUGCCUACGGAUGGGGAUGUGACUGUGGAGAGACUGUGGGAUGAUGGCGCGCCCGUCAAUAUCACCACCGUUACCCUGAACAAGGGUAUAGCGACCUACACAGUGGUGCCUGAUAAUGCUCAUAUCAACUCUACGCUUAAUUUAGUGAUCAAGUACAAGGAGGUGGCAGAACGAGUAGUGAACGUCCAACGAAGCGAGUACUCAUUCGGCCAGUUCCUAACUGUUGAAGUACUAACGCGUGGGACCGGAGUCGGUGACGAGAUGCGAGCGAGAAUCUCCGCCACUGAGCCCAUGGAUCUAGUUCACUAUGUCGUUAUAGGGAGAGGCGAUAUUAUUGUAGCGAAGACUGUAGAGCUGAGUCCAGCUCGUCGCAGCGUAGAUGUGACUGUAUCAGUGACGUCACGCAUGUCUCCAGGUUGCGUCAUUGUGGCGUGGUAUCCACGUGUUGAUGUUAACAAAGUGCUUUCAGCGGCCGUAUACGCGCCGCAAGGAAAUCUACUGCAAAACGAGAUUGCCGUAUCUCCAGUAUCGAGCACAGGCGCAGGAACUCGUCCUAAUACUUUAGUAGAACUUAAAGUGACAGGCGAUGCUGGUGCCAUAGUUGGUCUGCUGGCAGAAGACGUAAACGCAAUCCAAGCAGGACUGGCCAGUCACAAUGGACUCGGUAGUGGACUUAACAUGCUCGCCGUUGAGCGGGAAGUCGAGAGCUUCAAUGGUCUAUCACACUCGCUAUUCAAGAACGAUGAUCAUCUUCCAGGAAUGGGCUUGGAUUUGGGAGGUUACACCACUUCAGACGUAUUUAAAAACGCAGGAGUGGUGAUACUCACAGAUGGUGCUGUUGUGAAAAGCAACCCAGAUGGCUCUUUCCCGACUGAAUCUCCAAUGGAAACUGGAACCAGAGCACCACAGGCAGGACCGUAUGCUUUCAGUCGACUUCCUCCUCCGCCUUCUCCUAGAUACUAUCUUACGGUCACACCACAACCUACGUGGAUGGUGGCCAAUCUUACUAUUGGUAAUGAUGGAACCGGUGCAAAAGAACGCUGGACACCAGUCACGCCCGGAGAAUUCUCAAUUGGAGCGUUUUCAGUCCACCCAACCCUCGGUCUUGGUCUGGCUUCGCCGCAAAAGUUCACAACCUCUGUCCCACUGUCCUUGUCUGCCGAACUCCCAACGACUCUGCAGAAGGGCGAGACAGUGGCUGCAGUGAUUAUUUUGAAGACUACGCUCGCAGUGGACACUUCAGUCGAGGUCACGUUUUACAACAGCGACUUAUAUUUCGAAUUCGAACCUCUCGACAACGAACUUGAUUCGCAGAAAAAAAUCGAGCUCUUCCGAAGAGUACGUGUAACAGUGCCAGCACGUGGGUCAGUGAGCACCGCCUUCCUGUUGACGGUGAUACGCAGCGGAAAUGCGCCUAUCAUCAUUGAAGCUAGUGGUAACGGCGUCUCUGACUCGCUCUUCAGAUCCAUUCAAGUUAAGGAUGGUUACGAAGAGGAGUUAUUCACGUGGGGCUUGCUAGACGCCCGGCGGGGCGUAGCCCGAGCCAACCUCACGCUGGAGGUCCCGGCGGGCCAGCGCGCGGGGCAGACGUGGCUGCAGGCGGGCGGCGACCUGCUGGCCGGGGCCCUGCAGGCCGCCAAGCAGCCCCCCGCGCCCGCUACUGACGCUGCUCAGGCCGCCAGACCACUCGCACUCGCCUGCGUACUGCUUGACUACUUACAGGCAACAGGUCAAGAGGAAGUAGCGAGUACGAAGGAAGUGCGAGAACUAGCAUCCAAUGGCUAUCAGCGACUUAUGGCGUACCGCAGACCUGACGGAUCUUUUGCAGCUGAAAUUGACGCAGACGCUCAAGGAAAUGUAUGGAUGACAGCAGUAGCCGCAAGAUGGCUAUCCCGUUGUUCGCGUUACAUAUCAGUAGAACCAGAAGCAGCACGACGGGCGGCGGUGUGGCUUGCGCACGCGCAGCAGACUGACGGCAGCUGGCCCCCGCAGACCACUGGCCGCAACGACCCACACGCACAAGCACUGCUGCCACUUACUGCGCAAGCCAUGCUUGCCCUGCAUCAGGCCAAGGGCAGCGAAGUUCUUUACAAAAACAACAUCAACAAAGCAUUAGACUUCGUAGUAAAAGGAUUAUCCCCUGAACUGGACGCUUACUCACUGGCCGUCAUCGGAGGAGCUUUGGCUGUAGCGAGACACCCUCAACUCACACAGACACUGGAAAUGAUGGACAAAUACGCUAAUACUACAGGCUCCACUUUAUUCUGGUCCCGGACAUUAUCUGGUAACGAGUGGCGGAAUCCCUGGCUGAAGGGCAACAGCCUGGAGGCCAACACAGCGGCGUGGGGGCUGCGCGCCAUGCUAGGGGCUCGCCUCGUGGAGGAAGCCUCGCCCGUCGUGCGCUACCUACUGAAGUCUGCCUAUCUGCCUGUUAACCCCGAUCCUGAAGUUAUUGACGCGAUAGCGCAGUACGCAGAAACUGUAAAAACGACAUCGAAGCUCCGAGUGUCGGUGAACGAGACGGGAUCUGAAGAUACGAGACAGUUCCAGAUCGGCGACAACAAUGCCCUCGUCAUUCAAACCAAAUCGAUCCGCAGCAGCCGCUCAGUAUCGGCGGUAACGGAGGGUCGCGGGCUGGCGCUGUUGGGCGUGGGCACGCGCGCGGCCACCAACGUGACGGCCGCCUGGCCGCGGUACACGCUCGACCCGCGCGUCGACCAGGUCUCCACCAAGGACCGACUGCAACUCUCCAUCUGCUUCGGAUUUGUAGCACAAGGGAACGAGACUGAGAGCGGGCUAACACUCCUCACAGUGCAGCUUCCAUCUGGAUACGUUGCUGAUAUCAACACACUCACAGAAUUAACGGCGGCGCGUCACGUGGUGUGGGCGCGCGUGGCCCCGGGCGGCGCGCAGGUGCGGGCGGCGGUGCGCGCCGCGCGGCCCGAGCGCUGCGCCACGCUGGCCGCGCCGCGCGCGCUGCCCGUCGCGAGGCAGCGGCCCGCCUGGGCCACGCUGCACGACUUGUAUGACUCCAGUCACCGCGCGCGCGUGUUCUUCUCGGCGCCGGGCGCGAGCGCGUGCGACGUGUGCCGCGUGUGGGAGUCGUGCGCGCGCGCCUGCGGGGCCGCGGCGCAGCGCACCGCCGACCAGGCCGCACCUGCUGCGCCCGACGCCGCGCACACGCAUCUGCUCACACCCGCCGCGGUACUACUCACUGCGCUGCUCUUACUGCUGUAGCACUGUAUUCAAGAAUACUAAACAAUUAUAUCAAUGCUGUAUAGUGUGUAAAUCAGAAAUCACUGAACAGUAUAAACUUGAAGCCGAAAUUUAAUCUUGGCGAAGUAGUAUGAAUUUUACGUUUCAUUUACAAAAUGAAUACUUUUGUUUGAUAACUCAAUUCAAGUCAACUCAACUCACAAAAAUCUGCUUUCAACUAAAAAUGAACAGCAUAAUUAUUACAGGUAGUUAAAAAUUCGAAAUAAUAUCAAUAAUAUGCUUACCAAUCAUUGUUAAUAUACAUAAAUAAGAUUGUUUUACAAUAAAAGGACUAAUUUAUAGAACUUAUACAUACUAGUGUAUAAUAAGAGCUAUUGUAAAUAUUUAUUUGAACAGUGAACUAGGUAUAUUAUAUAUUUUAUA